AUGCCGGACGAGCAACGCGCAGCGCUGGAUGGGCACGGGAUCGUGGUGGUGGUGGUGUUUGCGAUUGUGUCGUUCCUAUGCAUUUUUCCCGUGUAUAUCCCGUUGCCGAUGGUGGUGAGUAGGCCGCUGCGCCGCCUUGCACUGCGCAUGUACACUGCGCUCGAUAUCCCCAGGGCGGACGAAGGGAAGCGCGACCCGCUCGACCAGGCGUCGGUCGGUGGCGAAAAGGGGGCUAGCAGCGCGACAAGCGUCUCGGACGAUCUAGGAAGCGAGCCUGCGCCGAGCGUGUCGACCGCUGACAACAAACGCAUCUGGCUCCCGCUGACGCACACGACGGCGCCCGUCAUUGGCGUCCUUCUCCUGCUCGCCACCACGAGUAUCGGAGGCGCAGAGGUGCGCAAGGGUAUUGCAGGUGACUCGGCCGUGUACCCCUACGAUGUGCUUGCCUUGUUCCUGAGUCUCGCGUACAUUGCCAUCUCGCUCGACACGACCGGCCUGCUUCGGUUCCUGGCGUGCCAUGUGUGCCAACGUGCCGCCUUUGACGGGCGUGUACUUUACAUUUUUCUUUAUCUUUUCUUGUGGAUUGCAGGUGUGGUGCUGGGCAACGAUCCUGUGAUUCUCAGCGGGACGGCCUUUCUUGUGUAUAUUACGCGCGUCGCCGGCAUCACGCCGCCCAGUGCCUGGAUCUGGGCGCAGUUUGUGGCCGCGAAUGUCGCCUCGGCCGUGCUCGUCUCGUCGAAUCCGACCAACCUUGUGAUUGCGAGCGGCUUUGAAGUGUCGUUUGUCGAGUACACUGCCUAUAUGGUGCUCCCCUCGUUCGUCGCGGCGAUCGUGGCACUGGCUACGCUCAUGGUCUACUUUCGCACUACGCGCCUUCCCAGCGACAAGGCGGAGCACAUUCCGAUGCAGCGUUUCACCACGGCGCUCGCGCGCUUGAACGGCAGCGUGACGGACGAUCGGCGAGUCUAUGUCUUUAUACCACACAAGAUCCACUCGCCCGAUAUCCAGCCGCGGCUGUUGCUCGCCGAUCCGUUUGGCGCCAUUUUUUGCUCGGUCGUGAUGCUCGCGGUGCUCGGCACGUUGAUCGGUACGAGCGUCAUGGGCGAGGUCAAAGUGUACCAAAUCGGUGUGCCCGGUGCAGUGCUGUGCUUUUUGCGCGACCUGAUUGCGGAUAUCGGGGCGUACCGCAAAAGCACUGCGCCCGCGACGCAGCAAGGGCCGGUGCGCCGCAUGGUCCGCAUCUUUCCCGCGACGUCGGCGACGCUGCGGCGCCUGCCGCUCGACCUUGUGCCGUUUGCGUUUGGCAUGUUUAUUCUUGUGCAAGGUCUCUCUCAUGUCGGUUUUGUCACGAUUAUGGCAAAAGGCGUCGUGCGCGUGUGUGCACACGGCGCGGCGGCCACGACAUUUUUCAUGUCGUUCCUGAGCAUGGUCCUGUGCAAUUUUGGCGGCACGAAUAUCGGCGCGACGAUUCUCCUGACCAAGGUCAUGCAGAACCCUGCGUUCACCGGCGCACUGGGUGAGGCACAGCGCGCGCUGGUCAUCAAGGCUGGCAUGUACUCGGUUGCGUUUGGCUCCAAUAUGGGCGCACUGGGCGGGACGUUUGCCGCGAGUCUUCCGGGCAAUUCCUUGUCUGGUGCCUCGUGA